AUGAAAGCAAGAAACUCUAAAUUUAUCAACUCUAAUAAUUUGGUUAAACGGUAACCUCCGAAAGAUAUAUUAAAGAAAAUUUUAAUCAGUAGAAUAUUCGAUAAUAUAAUAAUUUUCCUAGUUAUUAUUUUCACAAUAAUUAUAUUUGUUUACUUUGCAAUCGAUACAAGAGAUAACAAAGACAAUUAAUAAAUAUAAUAUGUUAUAUAAAUAUUCCAAAAUAUCGAAAUGGCACUUUUAAUUUUAUUUUGCCUAGAAAUUUUUCUUAAAAUCUAUGCUUUUUCAUAUAAAGUUUAUUUUAAAGAUAAAUGGUUAUUUUUUGAUACAAUCAUUAUGAUUUUAUCUAUUUUAAUUCUUGUUUUAGAUAUUGUUUUAAAUAAUACCUAAUUUACAACUAUAUCAAAAAUAAUUAGAGGAAUAUUCAGAUUUAUGAGGCUUUUUUUAGUAUUUAGAAAAGUAAAAUUUAUACAUUUUUUUUUUGAUAAAAAAUAAAUAAAAAAGGUUAAUUAAUUUAAAGCAAUAUAAAUUACAUCUUCAAAUUUAAACUUUAAAAGUUCAAUAGAAAGAAUAAUAGAAAUAAUGAAAAAUAUCAAAAAUAAUGUAGAUGACAUUAUAUUAAUAAAAUAAAUAGAUUGGUGCAUAUAAAUGAUAUAAAGCAAUAAAAUAUACGAUCCUAUAUUUACAGAUAGUGAGGCUGCAAAAUGGGUCAAUAUAUAUGAAAACACAGCUUAAAUUUCCAAAAAAAAGAAAGUUUAAGCAUUAGAUAAACGGAAUAAAAGCAAUAGUCAAUAAUUAUAAAUCUUAUAAUCCUAAGCGUCCUUUUUAUAAGUAAAAUAUAAAGAUAUUAAUAUUCCAACAGAAUAUCUAAAUUUCUUUGAAAAAAUCGAUUUGAUAGACUUUGAAGUUUUCUAAUUUCAUGAAUAAAUUAAAACCAAUAACCUAUCUUAUCUAUUAAUUUUUCUAUUUUAAAAAUAUGACAUUAAUAAUACCGCAAAAAUAGAUCCAACUUAUUUAUGGAACUGGGCUAAUCAUGUAUCAGCAGGAUAUAAAAAUAACUCUUAUCAUAAUAAUAUGCAUGCAUUUGAUGUUACUUAAACUGUUCAUUUUUUUUUAUAAACUACUGAAUUUAUUAAUAUAGCAGAUUUAAAACCUCUAGAAAUAGGAAUUAUGUAUUUAGCAGCUGCAUGUCAUGAUUAUGAACACCCUGGAUUUAAUAAUCCUUUUUUAAUCAAUUCAAAAGAUGAAUUGGCUAUUAGAUAUAAUGAUAAAUCUCCUCUUGAAAAUCACCAUUCUUUUUCAGUUUUUUAUUUAAUGACAAAGGAAAAGUCAAAUGUCUUUGUAAAUUUGAAUAAUGAGGAAAAAAAAAAUCUAGAGAAAGAAUUAUUAAUAUGA